AUGGUUGUAAGAUCACUUGAUGUUGAUAAAGACCCAUUCCGUCCUCGAGAAAUCAAUGAAGAAAUCCUUGGUCCUGAAGUACCAUACUUAAGUGCAAUAGGGGCAUUGAUGUAUCUUGCUAGUCCUACGAGACCUGACAUAUCAUUUUCUAUGAACUUAGCAAGGUUUAGCUCAUGUCCAACUCGAAGGCAUUGGAAUGGAAUAGAACAUGUACUUUGUUACCUCCAAGGAACGAAAGAUAUGAGUUUAUUCUUUUCUAAUGCAGAUGUAGGGUAUUUGUCUGAUCCCCAUAAUGCUCGAUCAGAAACAGGAUAUGUGUUCACAAGUGGUGGUACUGCCGUUUCUUGGCAUUCCAUGAAGCAAACCAUUGCAGCCACUUCUUCCAACCAUGCAGAGAUUUUAGCUAUCCACAAAGCUAGUCAUGAAUGUGUAUAG